AGUGUUUUAAAAGGAAAGUGCUUUGACAGAGCGCCGUGAAAGAGAAACUGUUUGCUACCGAAAGCACAAUAUAUUUAAGCAGAUAUGUUAUAACUUUUGAGCCGUUCGAUGGAUAGGAUACGUGACUUCCAUUAGUGAAGUAUAGCAAAUGGAAGGUUUUAAGGUGAAAGAUGAACCGAUGGAUGCAUUAGCCAUAGACAGUCAGGUUAUGGACGAAAAUAUUGUAAGCGUUGUACUUAAAGAAGAACCUGGAGAUAGAUUUGAUCCCGACUACAUGGAGGAUAUAUGCUCUGGUACUUUCGAGAAGGUAUUUUUACCUAUCGAAAACAGCGAAGUGGACUUUUCCAAUGAAAUGGUAAAAUUGGAGUUGGAAGGAGAAACAAGUGGACACCCAAACUGGACGGCACAGAUCACAGCGGCGAACCUUUGCGAAAAAGAAGAUGGUAUAUCGCAUAGGUGUUUAAGUGCAGCAGACUUUAUGCAAGCUCAAGACGCGGAGAAACAUCCGGUAUUUUGUGCAAACGGACAGCAGCCAAAAUUUUAUAAGAUUCAAUGUUCCAUCUGCAAGAAAUGGUUUCUUAACAACGAUUCUAUGGUCACACAUUUAAGAAUGCAUUGUAAUGGGAAUCAGUGCGAGGUUUGUCAGCAAAACUUUCAAGACAGUUCCAGCUUGCAUGCGCAUAUGUUAACACACGUCGGUAUGAGUCCGCUGGAGUGCAAUGUUUGCCAGAAGAGAUUUGCUUAUAAGUGGUGCUUAAGAGAUCAUAUGCAAAUGCACUCGAUGGAUAAGCCAUACGAUUGCGACACUUUGCAACAAGGAUUUAUGAAAAAGCCCGAAAGUAAUGAUGAGCAGUCAUUGAGUACGGGAGAAAGACCCUACGAAUGUGACAUAUGUCAUAAUACCUUCAGAGAAAAAGGAAAUUUGAAUCGACAUAUGCUGAUUCACACUGGAGAGAGGCCCUACAAAUGCGAGAUAUGCUACGCCGCUUUCAGGGAAAAGGCUAAAUUAAAUAUACACAUGCCUAUACACACAGGUUUGAAGCAGUUCAAAUGUACAAUGUGUCAUAGAUCGUUUGCCCAAAAAACUGCUCUCAAUAAUCAUAUGUUGGCUCAUAGCGGAGAAAAGCCGCACGCUUGUAAUAUUUGCGAAAAGACGUACAAAAGGAAAUCAGAAUUAAUUAGGCAUACGAUGGUUCAUACCGGUGAACGACCCUACGAAUGUAAAGAGUGCCUAAUGACGUUUCGGGAAAAAGCUAAGCUAAAUUCUCACAUGUUGGUUCAUACGGGCGAAAAACCACACGAAUGUCAUAUAUGUCACAAAGCGUGUGCACGCAAAUCCGAUUUGAAUAGUCACAUGUUAUUGCAUACCGGCGGCCAAUAUGAUUGCAAGGUUUGCGAUAAAAUUUUUACGCGAAAGUCUGAUCUGAACAGACACACUUUAAUACAUACCGGUGAGAAGCCGUUUGCGUGCGAUCUCUGUGAGAUGGCGUUUAGAGAAAAAACGAGAUUAAAUUCUCAUAUGUUGAUACAUACCGGCGAUAAGAGGCACGCAUGCCAUAUUUGUCAGAAAACUUUUAAAGAGAAGGCAUCUUUGAGGAAACACAUGUUAAGUCACACGGGAGACAGGCCCUACGAGUGUUACGUCUGUCACAAAGCAUUUACGCAAAAAACUACUUUGACCAGUCACAUUUUGGUACAUGCUGGGGAAAGGCCUUAUGAUUGUAGUACUUGUCAAAAAGUUUUUAAAGAUAAAGCUGCGUUAAAGAAGCAUUUAUCGAUGCAUAUCAAUGAAAAAAAUCACGAAUGUUUGAUUUGCUUGAAAAAAUUUAGUCGUAAAGCCGCAUUGAACAUUCACCUCUCGACCCAUCAUACAUCUUAAUCCGUAAAGAUCUAGUCCGAUUUUUCUUUACAUCGAGCGCACCGUAUGCUUGUAGCCGUAUUACAUGCUCUCCGGUCGUACAAUUACAAAAGACGUAUUUUCAUUUCUUUCUUUUUUUCUUCUAUGUACCACAGAAAUAAAUUCAUUUCCAAUAGUAUUUUACGUUCAUUGCAUUGGACAUCCAUAACGGAGAGAAUUAAAUGGACAAACGAUAUCUCUAUAUCUCUUUUUUUUGUUUACUUUAGACUAACCCUUUCGAUACCAAACGACAAUUAUAGUCGUUCUGCAAAGAAACUUUCGCGCUUUACUAAUGACGAUUAUUUUCCAACUAUUUGUUCACUUUGAUUAUCCUAAAAUACCUUUAGUUAUAAUGAAUUUCCUUCAUCAAUACUUGAACAUGUUCAUUGCUAUGUUCUAUUACGGUAAAAUAACAACAUACGCGUCAUAAUUAUUCACUAGAGGGACAAUAUUUUAGUCUUUCGACUGUCCCCAGAGCGAAAUUCUAUUGAUGAAAGACAAAAUUUAAUUGGAAGGGUUAAUUAAUGAAUGAUAACGAAGCCUUACAAUGCACGAUGCACGAUACACGUUACGCGAUAACAUUCAUUAAUAAUAUUACGUAUUAUUUCUUUUCCAUUAGUUUCGAUUAUAACGUAACGCGAUAUCUCUUUUUUUGUUCGAUUCGAUUAUUAUGUCUAAAAAGUGUUAAUGCGAUAAUAAGAAAACGCAAAAAAGUACAAUUUAAUGUAUAUUAUAUGUAAAGUUAAAAAUAACGAAUAUGCAAAUUACGAAA